AUGUUUGUGUUUAAUGAGAGCUAUGGCACUCCCUUCUCCUUCAUCCUGCUGGGUAUUCCUGGUCUUGAAACCUCUUACUAUUGGAUCUCCAUCCCACUCUCAUCAAUGUAUAUGGUGACACUGUUAGGAAACAGCACCAUGUUGUACGUUAUCAUAACAGAGCAGAGACUCCACAAGCCCAUGUACAUCCUCCUCUGCAUGCUGGCCACCAUAGACCUGGUCCUGUCCACCUCCACCCUGCCCAAGAUGCUUUGUAUAGUCUGGUUCCAAGCUGGAGAAAUCAGUUCCAAGGCCUGCAUGGCCCAGAUGUUCUUCAUACAUUCCUUCUCUGUCAUGGAAUCAAGUGUGUUGGUGGCCAUGGCCUUUGAUCGUUACGUGGCUAUCUGCAGCCCCCUGAGAUAUGAUUCCAUCUUAACCACCCCACUGCUGACCAAGAUUGGCAUUGUGGUGAUCCUGAGAGGCAUGAUCUUCAUUGCCCCAAUCAUCAUCUUAGUGGCACGCCUUUCAUACUGCAAAACCAACAUCAUUGCUCACACCUACUGUGAACAUAUGGCUGUGGUGAAACUGGCUUGCUCAAGCAUCCUGGCCAAUGUGGUCUAUGGGCUUCUUGUAGCACUCCUUGUGGUUGGGGUUGAUUUGCUGUUUAUCACCUUUUCCUACUGCAUGAUUACAAGGGCAGUCCUGGCUCUGCCAUCACGAGAUGCCCGCUACAAAGCCUUCAGCACCUGUGCCGCUCAUGUUGUAGUCAUCCUGGUGUCCUACACACCAGCUCUCUUCACCAUACUGACACAUAGGUUUGGCCAUCACGUGUUGCCUCAUGUGCACAUUCUCCUGGCCAACUUCUACCUCCUCUUUCCUCCCAUGCUGAAUCCCAUUGUCUAUGGAGUGAAGACCAAGGAGAUCCGUGACAGAGUGGUUGCCAUUGUUCUUAGGAGGAAAGGCCUUCCAUGA